UGCGUUUGAGUGCAGUGAGGCGGUGCCUGCUCUCCUGGCUGCUCUGCUCCAGACUGCGGCGGGCACAUAGAGCUGUUUGCUACAGAAAUGGCGGAGGGGGAGUUGGACGUGGACUCGCUGAUUUCCAGGCUUUUGGAGGUGCGAGGAUGUCGUCCAGGGAAGAUCGUCCAGAUGACGGAGGCCGAGGUGCGCGGCCUCUGCAUCAAGUCCCGGGAGAUCUUCCUCAGUCAGCCAAUCCUCCUGGAGCUGGAGGCUCCACUCAAAAUCUGUGGUGACAUCCACGGACAGUACACAGACCUGCUGAGGCUCUUUGAGUACGGCGGCUUCCCUCCAGAGGCCAACUACCUGUUCCUAGGCGACUACGUUGACAGAGGGAAGCAGUCUCUGGAGACCAUCUGCCUGCUGCUGGCCUACAAGAUCAAAUACCCCGAGAACUUCUUCCUGCUCCGGGGCAACCACGAGUGUGCCUCCAUCAAUCGCAUCUACGGCUUCUACGACGAGUGUAAACGCAGAUUUAACAUCAAGCUGUGGAAGACGUUCACCGACUGCUUCAACUGCCUGCCCAUCGCUGCCAUCGUGGACGAGAAGAUCUUCUGCUGUCACGGAGGUCUCUCUCCCGACCUGCAGUCUAUGGAGCAGAUCAGACGCAUCAUGAGACCCACAGACGUGCCCGACACAGGCCUCCUGUGUGAUCUGCUGUGGUCCGACCCCGACAAGGAUGUCCAGGGCUGGGGAGAAAACGACCGCGGCGUCUCCUUCACCUUUGGAGCUGAUGUGGUCAGCAAGUUCCUCAACCGCCACGACCUGGACCUCAUCUGCAGAGCCCACCAGGUGGUAGAAGACGGUUAUGAGUUCUUUGCCAAGCGGCAGCUGGUGACUCUGUUCUCAGCUCCUAACUACUGCGGGGAGUUCGACAACGCCGGCGGCAUGAUGAGCGUGGACGAAACCCUGAUGUGCUCCUUCCAGAUCCUGAAGCCAUCUGAGAAGAAAGCCAAGUACCAGUACGGAGGGAUGAACUCGGGUCGGCCCAUCACUCCUCCCCGCACAGCCCAACCUCCAAAGAAACGAUGAAGACGGACGGACGGACGGAGGGAGGAAGAGACGCAGAGAACGAGAGAGAGAUGAUGUCAGAGAUUGUUGACUUUUCACAACACAAAAUAAGUAAAGAGCAACACUGAGAGGGAAAGCAGAUGAACACAACUAUUUUAAAAAAGACACCCAAACUUGUCUUUCAUUUUCUUUCUUAUCUCCCUCUGAGCUGAUGUCACUCUCAUCUUCUUCUUCCUCAAUGCUUUUUUGUUUUCUCUGCAUCUGUGUAACAUUUUUAAAAAACAAGUGUUAAAAAGAAAUGCGAGGGUGUCAUUCUGUAGCAUAUCGGAGUGUUUUUUCUUUUGUCUUUUUGUCCUUUGCCUUUUAUUUUGUUGACAACAGAAUGACAACUAGUUUAUUUUACCACCUUACUCCCAACCCCCCGCCUGUACAGGACACAACAGGUAUUAAUAAUGACGACUGCUGGGUUUUCAAUAAAUAAUACAGGAAAUCAA